CUGUUCCUGCGAAGCAUGUCCCCAAUCCAACUGGUAAUAAAAAUUGAAGAAAAAGAUUAAAGAAUGGAAACACUAAAAGAAUAAACUACCACUAGGUAACGGGUAGAAACUAUGUAUCUUCUGUGUCCAAUUGCAAGGCAGAGAAGAGAGAAACAUUAAUCAUGGAGAGAGAAGAUUUAAGAAUGCUAUAUGAAGCAGCAAAGAGAGGUUGUGUAGAAACCUUAAACGCUUUAACCCGAAGAGACCAGUUCAUUCUUAAUAAGGUUUCACUUACCUCAUUCACAGAAACUCCCCUGCACUUAUCAUCUUUGCUUGGUCACCUUCAUUUCUCCAUAAAUGUUCUUAAAAAGUGUCCCGCAAUGGCUAUAAAGCUUGAUUCACUUCAACGCUCUCCUCUUCACUUGGCUUCUGCAGAGGGCCAUACUGAUAUUGUCAAAGUUUUGUUAGCUGUAAAUACUGAUGUUUGCUUGGUUCGUGACGAAGAUGGUAGGAUUCCUCUCCACUUAGCUGCCAUGAGAGGCAAUGCUGAGACUAUACAAGAACUGGUAAGUGCAAGUCCUGAGUCGACUUCUGAGCUGCUAGAUGGGGAAACAAUUUUACAGUUGAGUGUGAAAUAUAACCACUUGAAGGCUUUGAAGCUGUUGGUGGAAAUGGUGAGUGAUGAUGAUCUUGUCAACAAAGAAAAUCAAGAUGGCAAUACCAUCUUGCAUUUAGCUGCCAUGCUCAAGCAAUUAAAGACAAUAAGGUACCUGCUUUCAUUACCUAAACUAAAAGAAAGAGCGAAUUCUUUAAAUAGAAUGGGAAUGACAGCCUUGGAUGUGUUAGACCAAAGUUCCAGGGAUUUCAGAAGUUGUGAAAUUCGAAAAGUUUUGAUAGAAGCUGGUGCUAAAAGACGAGUACAGCUAAACAACAAUCUCCCAACUAGUUCAGUUGCUGUUUCCACUGAACCACCAAAUGCUGCUGUUUUUACCAAAACAUCAUCAAAGGCAAAAAAUCAUGGUUUCAGAAAUGAUUUUAUAACCGUUUCAGGCGGUCCUGCAUGUAGUGAUACAAAUAUAUGUGAAGCUGGAACUUCUGUUUUAGCCUAUGCCUACCCAGAUGCGUACAUUUACUUCCUGAUGUGUAAUGGUAUUGCUUUCUUUGCAUCAUUGUGUGUGGUAGCUUUGGUUAUUGGUGGAUUUCCUCUCCGGAAUAAGCUGUGCGUGUGGCUUCUAGCACAGGCCAUAGGUGUCACACUGAUUUUCCUGGCACUAAGCUACAUACAGGGUAUAUUCUUGGUGACCCCACAGAGAUUGAGAGUGAAGGUGGCAAAGAUGGAUAUCAAAAUGGCUCGGGUUUGUCUAGGGGUGCUUCUUGUGGCUGGCAUAGUUGAAGUUAUUCGGUUUCUUGUCUGGACAGGAAAGAAGGUGCGCAGGGCAGCUGACAGAGAGAUCGAGAAAAAAGAAUCAAUGGAGAGAGAAGGUUUAAUAAUGCUGUAUGAAGCAGCAAAAAGAGGUUCUGUAGCAAUCUUGGACACAUUAAUCCAAAAAGACCAGUUCAUUCUUAACAAAGUGUCAUUUACCACUUUCCCUGAAACACCCUUACACAUAUCAUCUUUGCUUGGCCAUCUUGAUUUCACUCGAGCUAUUCUUGAAAAUUGUCCCAAAAUGGCUUCAGAAAUUGAUUCACUCAAUCGCUCUCCCCUCCAUUUGGCUUCCGCAGAGGGCCACACUGAGAUUGUCAAGGCUUUGUUACGUGCAUAUGCUGAUGUAUACGUGGUCCGUGAUCAAGAUGACAGAAUUCCUCUCCACUUGGCUGCCAUGAAAGGGAGAGUCGAGGUUAUUCAGGAAUUGGUCAUGGCAAGUCCUGAGUCCGCUUCAGAGAUGCUAGAUGGGGAUACAGUUUUACACUUGUGUGUUAAAUAUAACCGUUUGGAGGCUUUGAAGCUGUUGAUAGAAAUGGUCAAUAAUGAUGAGCUUGUCAACAAAGCAAAUCAAGAUGGAAAUACUAUCCUGCACUUAGCUUCCAUGCUUAAGCAAUUCAAGACCAUCAGGUACCUGCUUUCACUACCUGAAGUAAAAGGAAGAGCGAAUUCCUUAAAUGGAAUGGGAUUGACAGCCUUGGAUGUGUUAGAGCAGUGUUCCAAGGAUUUCAGAAGUCUUGAAAUUCGAGACAUUUUAAGAGAAGCUGGUGCUAGAAGAGUAACAGAACUAAGCAACAAUCUUCCAAUACAUCAGACUAAUACAGUAGUUCUUUCUAUAGCACCAACUGCAACUGAUUCCUAUAGCAACACAUCAUCAAAAGUGAAAUCAUGGUUUGAGAAAUGCAUGAAACUAAUACAAUACAAUGUUGAAGAAAUAAGGGGUGCGUUGAUGAUAGUAGCUACUGUAAUAGCUACCAUGACUUACCAAGCUGCAUUGAACCCACCUGGUGGUGUCUGGCAACAAAAUUUUACAGAUAUCUCAUGCGCAUGCAAUGAUAAAAAUGUAUGCGAAGCUGGGACUUCAGUUUUAGCCUAUGCCUAUCCUGACAUUUACGUUAAUUUCCUGAAGUGCAAUGCUGUGGCUUUCUAUGCAUCGCUCUGCGUCAUAGGUUUGGUUGUUGGUGGAUUUCCUCUAAAGAACAAGUUGUGCGUGUGGCUUCUAGCGCAGGGCAUCACUAUCACGCUCAUGUUUUUUGCAUUCAGCUAUGCUAUUGGUUUAAGUAUGCUGACUCCAUCAAGAUUGAGAAGCCAAGUGGUGAAGGUAGACCUGAAAAUGUAUCUUCUUUUUCUGGAGGUGUUUGCCAUGGGUAGCAUAAUCGGAAUAAUUCGGUAUUUUGUCUGGACGGUGAAGAAGGUACGAAAGAUUUGGUGUAAGAUGAGGAACAAGAAUAGGGUGAGGAUAAUAAAUUAACAGGUUCGAGAAAAAGGGGGCGUCACCAGAAUUAAGGGGCAUUACAGAGCGGUUGUAAAAAACAAAAAAUUGACUCUUGAUAUCCACAGACAAUCCUAAGCAUGGCCUAAGUUUACUUAUC